UGGCACGUAUAUGUAAUUAUGAAAUAUAUGUUCAUUCAAAUAUAAAUUAUUGAAUAAAAUUAUUAUCGACAUUGCUAACGUGGUUGUCACCAUUCUAUGAUCCUCUUGCAGCUAACCUUUAAAUGAUGCUGCAGACCACUGCAGACACGAUAGGGAUGUACAGUAGGAUGUAAAUAAAGUGUUAUAAGUCUGCUGCUAACAGGUAUGGUAUGAGUAGUGGUUCUGAUAGUGUGUUAUGUUGUGCCUUUUCUGUCGCGUGCAUUUUGUCAUUUUAAACCGAAGUUAUGUGAAGAAUUUCUGUGUUAAUACGGCUGUCAAACGAACCGCAAAAGAAAUGAAGGUUCUUAAUGUUGCUGAAAAGAAUGAUGCAGCAAAAAAUAUUGCUAGCUUCUUAUCUUCUGGAAGAUCUCGUUGGCGAGAUGGCUAUUCGGUAUACAACAAAAUCUAUGAGUUUGAGAGAAGAUUAUGGAAUCAGAAUUGUCAGAUGAUCAUGACAUCUGUAUCAGGACAUCUAUUGACUCAUGAGUUUGUUGGGACCUAUAACUCUUGGAGAAAGUGUCAUCCCUUGAGUCUUUUUGAUGUUCCUAUUAUAAAACAUUGUAUUGAAAAGAAUAGUGUCAUGAUCAAGAGGACAUUAGAAAGGGAAGUACGCAAUUGUCAAGCAUUGAUUAUUUGGACGGAUUGCGAUCGUGAGGGGGAAAACAUAGGUUUUCAAAUAAUUGAAGUUUGUAAAAGAAUUGUACCAAACAUCAACGUAUACAGGGCUGUCUUUUCUGAAAUCACUCAAGCAUCAGUGGAUCGAGCACUAGAGAAUCUUACUAGACCCAAUCAGAUGGUUAGUGAUGCUGUAGAAGUAAGAAGCAAGUUAGAUUUGAGGAUAGGUGCUGCAUUUACAAGAUUCCAAACAUUAAGGCUGCAGAAAAUAUUUCCUCAAAAUCUUGCAGAUUUGAUGAUCAGUUACGGAAGUUGUCAAUUCCCAACCCUAGCUUUUGUCGUAGAAAGAUUUUUUGCUAUUCAAAAUUUUGUCCCAGAACCAUACUGGAAGAUUCAAGUGGAAGAUAUUCACGACGAUAUCGCAGUGAAGUUUCGAUGGGCACGUGGGAAGCUCUUCGAAGAAAUGCCAUGCAUAACAUUCUUCGAUAUGUGUAAAGAGAGUAAUGUUGCUACAGUAGAAAAAAUUACAAAGAAGCCUGCGAGUAAAUGGAGGCCAUUCCCUUUGGAUACUAUCGAACUUGGAAAACAAGGCUGUCGUAUAUUAAGAAUGAAUGCGAAGAAGAUUAUGCAGACAGCUGAAAAAUUAUACACUCAGGGUCUAAUAAGUUAUCCUCGUACGGAGACCAAUAUUUUUCCCAAAGAAUUAAAUCUAAACGACUUAGUACAGAACCACGUUGAGAGUUCAGUGUGGGGUACGUUUGCUAGGCGCGUCCUGGAUGAGGGAAUUAUGCCGCGACAAGGGAGAAAGAGCGACCACGCGCAUCCUCCGAUUCAUCCAAUAAAAUUUACAAAUUCUUUAUCCGGGGACGAAGCUCGAGUCUACGAGUUUAUCGUUCGACACUUCCUGGCUUGUCUGUCGAAGAAUGCCGAGGGUCACGAGACCAUAGUCGACAUUGACGUAGCUGGAGAGAAAUUCAGAGCGAAUGGCCUUGUAAUUACAAAGAGAAACUACCUGGACAUUUACAUUUAUGAUAGGUGGCAGGCUAAGGAAAUUCACGUCUAUCAAGAAGGCCAAGUGUUUCAGCCAACUGACAUAAAGAUGCUAGGUGAACAAACUUCACCACCACCAUUGCUCACAGAGGCUGAUCUGAUCGCCCUUAUGGACAAGCAUGGGAUCGGGACGGACGCCACUCAUGCUGAACAUAUUGAAACACUCAAGACCAGACACUACAUCGGCCUAAAGGACGACCGAUAUUUAUUACCUGGCAAACUUGGUACCGGGUUGAUAAUGGGCUAUGAUAGGAUGGGUGUUCGAAUGACCAAACCAAACCUAAGAGCGGAACUCGAGAAUGACUUAAAACUGAUAUGUGAAGGUCAAGCAGAUCCUGAAGAAGUUCUGCAGCGUCACAUAAAAAAGUACCGCGAGCUCUUUAAGACGGCUAUGGAGCAGGUGCGUUUACUUGACGAAGUCGUGGGACAUUAUAUUUCUGAGGAGCCUAAUUACUCCCAGGGCGAACAACUUCCACCCAUAGAGCAAACUGUUAAUGUUCUGAAGUGCCCCAAGUGCAACUCAGAUAUGAUUCUAAAACCGAGAAGAGAAAUAAAUGGAAAAUACAUUGGUUGCAUGAAUUUUCCAAACUGUAAGAAUGCAAUAUGGUUUCCGGCUAGCGUGGAAGACGUCGAGAUUCUCGAAGAAACGUGCACACAAUGUCCAGGAAAUAUACACAAAUUAAAAUUGAAAUUUAAAUCCGGUGCUUAUCCAAUAUAUGGUUCAUCAUAUGCAUGCUGUAUCGGUGGUUGUGAGAUGAUGUUGAACGGACUUCUUGCUAUUUCUGUUGAUGCUGUUCGUGGAGGAAAUAGCGCGAAUGAUUCAGGUUAUGGCAGUCAGGUUCGGCCAAAUUCGAGAAUUACACAAGAAAGAACUGAUAUAUCAAGACCCCGACAAAGACCGAACAAUAGUCGAGAAACCAAUCCGAGACAUGCAGCUCGUCCUGCGGCUUCUCAAAGUAGCGUCACACGUACUGCUACAUCUGGCACUAAUAGUAGAGCGAAUGAAUAUAAUUCAAAUAUUUCUACUAAUGCAACUGGCGCCUCCAAUCGCAGGAGACCCAAUACCCAAAGAAACGAUGACAAUAAUCAGAGUAGAAUUUGGGGAACAAUAACAGAAGAUGAUGUUAUCUUGUGCAACUGCAAUCAACAGGCGGUACGUUUAACAGUAAGAAAAGCUGGAGUGAACCAAGGACGAAUAUUUUAUAAGUGCUCAAAGCCACAAGGUACUGGCUGCAACUUUUUCCAAUGGGAAACGGAUAGGCCGGCGUCAGAAGAGGAAGUGCCAGAUAGAUUCAAUAAUCAAAAUACUCGAUACAAUCCUUACCCAAACCCACCGAAUCAAAAUCGGGGAAAUUCUUGGGGGAAUGACGCAAAUUCUACUACAUUUACUAGUCAAGAUGGUAAUAGAUGGACACCGUCGACGACAGGGAACGAUAUUCAAUGUACUUGUCGCCGCCCAGCAGUUAAGCUGACUGUGUACAAAGAUGGACCAAACAAGGGUAGACAAUUUUAUAGCUGCCCGCAAGAACGAGAGCGUAAGUGUAAUUUUUUCAAAUGGGCCGAUGAUGGCUCAAGUGGUCCAAGUGGUAGGAGUAAUAUAGGAAAUGCAACUGGUUCUUUAUUCGACUUCGGCAGCGGUCACGAUGAUGGCGGCGUUAGGAGUAAGAGAAAAUGUGGCAUAUGUAAAAUGGAAGGUCACACACGAAGGACCUGUCCACAAAAUUCCAUGGACUAACAUGGUGCUGUUAUGGAGUUAUGAUAAAUAUAAAUACACAGAGAUAGUGUUUAAAUACAAGACUGCAAGAGUAAUUCUUAAUUGAAUUCUGUGAUUAUUAACUUGUUCGUUGUUAUAUUAAUGUUAGCUCACAGAACGCUGACUGUGAUUAACCUUACUUCUUAGAGUGGCAAGCUCCUUCUCGUACAAGUGAGACUCCGCUGUUGUUUCAGUCAGCUGCAAGGCAGUUGAUACAUUAAUGUAAUUAUUUUUUCAUAUUUUCUAUGCCAUAGCACAAGAUGCAUUAUUUCAUACACAGCAGUAGAUAUGAGUAAUAUAGUACAUAAGAUCCUACCAUAUCUAAUAGAAGUUGAAACUUCAGUUUUAAUAAAUUAUUUUCCUCUUCUA